AUGAGUGUCACCGGCUUCGGUGAUGUUGUUGUAUCUUUUGAUGCGGAAGGUGUUGUAGUUGUUGGGCUAACUUAUGAGCGUUCAAAUGCGACACAGUGGUUGCUGCUCCCGGAAAUUCCCGUUGAAGUCCCUCUUGUUAAGGUUCUUCGUGAUCUUGAGGAAUCUGGUGCUUCUCGACAACGGUCACCUGGUCGAAUGAGGGGAGAAGGAGUUAAAGGAGAUGUUUGUUUGCCAGACAGUGAAGUUGGAUCACCUUGUAACGCGUGCGGUGUUAAUAACAUUCGUAGUGAUUGUUGCAUUUCUGUUGCUCGUGUGGGGCACAUUCCGGAACGAAAUCGCGCAUACUGUUUGCUUUUGGAGUUGUCAUCUUCUUCUGAUGCCGCUGAUGUGCAAAGAGAUCUGCUGCACGUCGAGUGGGCUAAUGGGCCCUUGUGUGCACCGCAGUUUUUGCAGUCCGUCGGCCGUAUAAUGAGGGUGGAGCAUGAAGGGCGUGAUGCCGCAUGCGUGAGCAACUGCGCGGGUUGGCGGACACAAGUGUCUACGGACAAUGCGGAAGAUGUUUGCCUACGUGUCCUUUGCAGUGUGUCGUGCGGUGUUGAUGGGGCGUCAUCUCGGCGGCAGUUGGAAAGUGAAAAGGAGAUAUCUAGCGUUGCGCUCCGGAGAGACGCUCCUCUAGCACCGAUAGAAGAGUUUUGCCCCAUCUGCCGUGAGGAAAUCGCAUCUGGAAGAACGUGCGUUGUUACUAUGUGCACCCACGUCUUCCACCUUGUUUGCCUCAUGAAGCACUUAGAAGAUGUUAGUUCAUAUUGCCCUCUUUGUCGUUUUUCGAUGUCGUCUCUUGAAACUAAGUGCAACGCGUGUGGAACGUGCCAGGACUUGUGGAGUUGUUUAGUUUGCGGUUGGGUGGGAUGUGGUAAGGGGCGGCACGGACAUAGCAUACGGCACUUCCACAGCACAGGGCACUCGUGUGCCGUGCAGAAUAGCACUUCACGCAUAUGGAACUAUCGCGCCAGCACAUUUCUCCACCACCAACUAGCUAUGGAAUUGGGUUACGAAGACGACGCAAGGGCGGAGCGUGCUGCAGCGCAGGAGGAGGGCAGGUCGGCCCUCUCUGUUCGUCACAGCGGGGAAAAACCCAGGGUCAGUGCUUCAUCCUAUUGGCGCAGUAGGUGGUGGUGGGACGAAAAGGAAGAGGAAGCUGCACAAGAGCUCAAUGGCGACUAUGUGCGGGAGUAUUAUCUCCGUGUAAUGGAGGAACUCAUGCAGGAACAGGCGGACUAUUUUGAGGGGCGUACAAUGGUGGAGGGAGAGAAUGCGGCUGUACCCAUCGGGACAUGGAAGAAGCUGCAAAGCGCAGAACGGCGUCAACGGCGUAGUCUUGCUUCGAGGUACAUUGCUGGUUUGCGCCGUAUUGCGCUACACAGCCAGAUGGCCGUCAACAAUUUUGUGAAGCAGGAGGUCUUAUGGAGGGAUUCGUUGCGUGAAGAGUUAUUACUCCAAUCGCAUACCAACCAAGGCCUGAAUGCCAGGAUAUCGAGCUUAGGAGCGAAUAUCGACAAGGCCAGACAGCGUGGCGAACAGCAGGUUGCGUUAAAGGAAGAGGAGUUAAGGGAUCUGCAGGGGAGACUUGAGAGUUUGAUGAGGGAUUUGGAGUGA